CGCUCAUAGUUGACUAACGCAAUAAGGUUCAAAAAAUGUCGAACGUUAGAGAUAUUCUGCAUUUGUUCGAAAGACCUACAGAACCUAUUUUUAUGCUCAAAGGAAACAACGAUAUCUUUUUCAAUGUCCCAAGCAACUAUGUUUUGGAACCUUACAGGCAAAACAUCCAGGCGUUGACGAAUCGGUUCGGCUCAAAGAAUGCCAGAACGGUUCGAAUAAAAGAAAUUUCGAUCCCGGACAUCAGCCUUCCUAUGCGUUUGGGGAGACGAGAAUUGUUCUCACUCUUCGUCCCCAGUCACAGAGAAAUGGCAUCCCGCCUCAUCGAAGUUUUCAUGGGAAUGGUAUCGUUCGACGAUUUUAUGUCCGUGAGCGCUUACUGCAGGGACAGAAUAAAUCCGUACUUGUUUGUUUACUGUCUGUCGGUAGCUAUGAUCCAUAGGCCCGAGACCAAAAACCUCCCCUUGCCGUCGCCCUGUGAUUGUUUUCCAGAAAGGUACAUCGACGGCAGGGUUUUCGCCAGGGCAAAGGAAGAAGCGUCGAUUGUCUGCGAAGGAAGCAGGACAUCGAUAGAAAUACCGGUAAACUACACGGCUACGGAUUUGGACAUCGAACACAGACUUGCUUACUGGAGGGAAGAUUUGGGCCUUAAUAAUCACCACUGGCACUGGCAUUUGGUAUACCCUUUCGAAGGUCCUAGAAAUAUUGUGGACAAAGACAGAAGGGGUGAACUUUUCUUCUACCAUCACCAACAGAUAAUGGCCAGGUAUAACAUGGAGAGAUUUUCCAACAAUUUGGCCCGAACUGAGAGGUUCAACGAUUUUAGACAGCCCAUGAGUGAAGGCUAUUUUCCCAAACUUGAAACCUUGGUCGCCUCUAGGGUUUGGGCGCCAAGAUUUGCCAACACUACUAUGAAGGACGUCAACAGGGAGCUUAAGAUUUCUAUUAGCGACAUGGAACGCUGGAGGGAAAACAUUUUGGACGCUAUCCACAGUGGGCAAAUCGUCACGGAUGACGGACGUACAGUUGUGCUGAGUGAAGACGUCGGUAUAGACAUCCUGGGUAACAUCGUGGAAGCUAGUAUUUUAACACCGAACCGACGUCUCUACGGAGAUCUGCACAACGCAGGCCAUCUGGCUAUCGGAGUCUGCCACGAUCCAGAUUUUAGACAUCUUGAACCAUUUGGGACUAUUGGCGAUCCUUCAACUUCUAUGAGAGAUCCGAUGUUUUACAAAUGGCACGCGAUGAUCGACUAUAUUUUCCAAGAGUACAAAGAUACUUUACCCAGCUACACCGUCAAUCAACUGGAUUAUCCCGGAAUCAGAGCGCUGAGCGUUGAAGUGAAUACGUUGAAAAGCGGCGUUAAAAACCAAAUAUCCACAUUUUGGCAGCAAAGCGAUGUCGACAUGUCCCAGGGGCUUGACUUCCAACCGCAAGGUUCAGUCCGCGCCAGGUUCACACACCUCCAGCACGGCCCGUUCCAGUACAAGUUUACCUUGGAAAAUACCGGACGUCACCGUACAGGGACCGUCAGGAUAUUUUACGCUCCAAAAUUAGACGAAAGAGGUCGUACUAUGUUUUUCAGAGACCAGAAAAUCUUGUUUGUAGAACUUGACAAGUUUGAAUUAGACUUGAAGCCGGGGACGGAAACGUAUUAUAGAGAUUCGACCCAGUCAUCGGUGACAAUUCCUUUUGAUAGGACGUUCAGAGAUAUCGAUGCUAAAGGACAGGCGCCAGGGCGAGGCCAAUCCGAGGAGUUCAAUUUCUGCGGAUGCGGCUGGCCACAGCAUUUACUGAUAGCCAAGGGACAACCUCAAGGAUUUCCGUGCGAACUGUUCCUCAUGGUGUCCGAUCCAAAGCAAGACAGGGUCGCGGGUGCGGUGGAGAAACGGGCUUGUUCCGAGGCGGCCAGCUAUUGCGGAGUGCGGGACAGUAAAUAUCCCGACAAACGUUCGAUGGGUUUCCCGUUCGAUCGUCAGCCGCGGCAGGGCGUUACGUCACUUUCUGAGUUCAUGACGCCAAACAUGACCGCUGCUGACGUCACGAUUAAAUUUUCAAACAGGGUUGUCCUUCGAAAUGGCCUGAAACCGUUAACGAAGGCCAACUGAAGUGUCGUUUUUCUCAAAACCUUAAACAAUCAAUAAAUUUGACUAUGGAUUUUGGAUAAACAUUGAGAAAUGACUGUUAAAAUAUUUAUCGGUAUUAUAUACGCAAUUAUAUUUUUGAAAAUGAAAUAAUAAAUAUAUGUCUAUUCCAAA